AUGAGUGGCAAUUCAGUCCCUGACAUUCCCCUGGAGACGGCUGGGGAGAUCCUGUGUCACCCGCAGUCCUCCGGGCCACACAUGUCUCUGGCGGAACCAGAGGCAGGUUCAGGGGUCGCCUCUAGCUUCCCAGGACGGCCAGCCAUGGCACCCGUCAGCAGGAAGCGCAGCAGGAGGGCUGCCAAGGCCCAGUUGGAGGCUCAAGGUGUGGCCUCCCAGGACAAGGAGCAUGCAGGAAAGGAUCCAGUAAUUGAUGAACUUGAGGAAAGAAACAGUUUUACAGAAACAAAGGAGGAAGACGUAACUGCUGAGCAUGGGGAAAGAGAACCUUUUGCUGAAACAGAUGAAUACAAGGGGGUUGAUACCAAGAAGCUAGAAGAUAUCGCAGCUGACAUUAGAGAGAAUCUUGGUGCAAGAAAAAAAAUUAUUAAAAUGGAUAAAGCAGCUUACAGGAAAAUAACAAACACAAUUGAACGUGCUUUGAGAAAAAAACAACUAAAAAGGCAGAAACGUGAUUAUAGACAUACUCUGAAGUUGCUGCAUGUCCUUGAAGAAUACAUUGCAGAUGAGCAGCAAGAUCAUGAUGAAGAAACAGAAGCAGAAGCAGAAGCAGCAGCAGAAGAAGCAGCAGAAGAAGAAGGAGAAAAAACAGCAGAAGCAGAAGCAGAAAUGGAACAAGAAGAAACAGAACAAGAAGCAGAAGAAGCAGAAGAAGAAACAGAAGAAACAGUAGAAGAAGCAGCAGAAGAAGCAGCAGAAGAAACAGCAAAAGAAGCAGAAGCAGAAGAAGAAGAAGAAGAAGAAGAAGAAGAAAAAGAAGAAGAAAAAGAAAAAGAAGCAGAAGAAAAAACAUUUCAACAACAACAGAAGAAGUGGCAAGAAUAUAGAAGUGUUAGGAUAAAGAGACUAAAAGAGAUGAAGCAGCUACAUGAGCAAUUCCUAAAGGCUACCAAGGAGUCUGAAAACAGUUAUUACGGCAUUUUGUCUGAUGAAGAAAGUGAACUUGAUAACUAGCCAUGUUUU